AUGACUUCUUUGGAAACAAUCACAGCCCUCAAGGGAAUGGCCUCCGACCCAAAGAAGAGAAGUUUCCUUCUUAAGGAUGUAACUUGUAUUGGAGGUCUUGUCAUGGUGUUGUCUAAUCCAGAUGUCAAGGUGGUCACAGUUGCACUUGAGACUUUGCUUUUGUUGGCUGAUAGAUCGGACCACAGAACAACAUUGAGAGAUUUUAUUGGAAUGACUGACCAACUAGAGACCAUCAUCAGGAGAUCUUCUUAUGACCAAAAAGCUGCAAGCUUAGCAGAAAAGCUCUACGUGACCCUGACACAAGUUGAUCUACAAACACCGCUGAAAGAUACUCUCAACAAAUCUUCAAUAUCCGGACAAUCAAGUAAAAAAAAUAGCACUUCUAAGAACAACCGAAGUGUGCUAAAUGGAAAGUCUAAACACAUUGUGUUACAGAUCCGAGGACUCAUUGAUAAGGCUGACCGAGAACUGGUGAUGCGACUGAUCCUUCAAGUCAAAGGAGUUGUCAGUAUUACAUUUGAUCUCAACAAGAAGAGGUGCAUCCUGAGGACCAGACAGGACACCAAACCAGAGACUUUAGUACAGGCUAUUGCUAAAUCACAAACAAUGACUGCUCAGCAAGUCAUUAAAGAUGAUAACGGUGAAGAGAUGCUGCUAUCGUUUGGGUCACAUCAUCAGGACAUGGACAAGGAAAACACAACCUUACCAGACUAUCUACCUGAUGAAGUGGACAGUCCCACCCAUGAUGGCAAGACAAUGGCUCGUGUGGGGAAAGAUGGUGACAACAAAUCCUCUGGAUGGCUUAGUACGGCAGCUAACUUUCUCACCAACUCGUUCUACUGGUGAAGUCUGACUAGUUAAAUCUGUGUCGAUUGUUAGUGCUAUUUUAGUGACAGAGGUUGCUGUGCUACAUAAUACCUUGUGAAAGGGCAAUUCCAGAUAUUGCCAUACUGGACCAAAAUUAUGAUUAAAACUCCUAUGUACAAUUUUACAUAAUGUUCAAAUUUAAACCAAAAUUAAACUUGAUAAAUGGUAAAAGUUUUCAUGAAUACUUUGCCUGAGACUGACAUGUAAUUCCCAGUAUAGGUUGAUGAAAGGAAGAAUAUUGGAGUGAUGAUUAUUCCACCCUUUAUCAAUACUGUACACAAUUAUGUGUGUUAUGAAGAACUUCUCUGGCAAUACUUAAAAUUUCAGUCUUAGCUGUUUCUUGUAAAUUUGGUUUUUAUCUUCUUGGUUUAAAUACUCACUUUUAUUUGCAUUUUCAUUCGCAAAUUUUUAUCCAGUACUUUUGCCAAACA